AUGGCUAAUUCCACUAUGAGUGGGUUUCUUCUGAUGGGAUUUUCUUCCAAGCCUGAGCUAGAACUCGUCCAUGCCUCUCUGUUCUUAGUCUUAUACCUGGUGGCAUUGACUGGUAAUCUCCUCAUUAUCAUCGUGACUUCCAUGGACAGUAGUCUGCACUCACCCAUGUAUUUCUUCCUGAAACAUCUCUCCUUCCUGGACCUGUGCUACAUUUCCGUGACGGUGCCAAGGUCCAUUUACAACUCUUUCACGCACAGUGGCUACAUUUCCCUCGGGGAGUGCAUAGUGCAGUGCUUUGCUUUCACUCUCUUUGCUGCUACUGAGCUGUCCAUGCUGACAGUGAUGUCCUAUGACCGCUACGUGGCCAUCUGCCUUCCACUGCGCUACGAAAUCAUCAUGGACAUCAACAAAUGUGUUCACAGUGUCCUGGGCGUCUGGGUCAGCGGGGUCAUAACUGGAACUAUGCACACAGCUGGCACUUUCUCCAUGCACUUCUGUGGCUCCCGUGUCAUUCACCAGUUCUUCUGUGACAUCCCCCAGCUCCUGAAACUCUCUUGUUCCAAUGAGUACAUCAGCGAGGUCAGGGUCAGUGCCUUCCUGGCUGUUGUGGCCUUUUUUUCUGUCACCUUCAUUGGACUGUCCUACAUCCAGAUAUUUUCCACUGUGCUGAGGAUGCCAUCUGCUGAGGGCAGAGCGAAGGCCUUCUCCACUUGCCUUCCCCACCUCGCUGUGGUCAUUUUAUUUAUUUCAACCAGCACCUUUGAGUUUCUCAAGCCCCCUUCCGACUCUCCCAGUGCACUGGACAUUUUGCCUGCUAUUACGUACACAGUUGUACCCCCAACAUUCAACCCAAUGAUCUAUAGUCUGAGAAACCAAGCCAUAAAAUCAGCUCUUCGAAAGGUUUUCCAUAGGAGAAAUGCUGGCUUCUUUUGUUGA